AGCUCAGUGCAGUUCGGGCAUCCAAAGUGUUCACAAGUGAUUCGCAAAUAUUGAGAAUGAGUGCCGCUAGUCUACAGGUCUGCUUGGCUAGCUUGCUGCUGCUUUGUUUCGUGUAUCCGCAGAUGGGAGCAGCGUAUCCCAGUGCCGAGGGACCCAGCCAGUGGCUAUUAGAUCAGGCCAAGGCGCUGCAAAUCGAUGACGCGACUUUUGGGGAAUUGUGGCGCACCAAGCAGCCGGUGGUUAUCACCAAGCCGGACGCAGACGGUCAGCUGUGCUCAGUGACCUACGAGCUAUCGGCGGACGGAAAGAGCAUCUCUCGAUUAACAAGGAGGGAGACUCAGCCUGCAACUGCCGAGGGACCCAGCCAGUGGUUAGUGGACCAGGCCAGAGCGCUGCAAAUCGAUGACGCGAUUCUUGGGGAGUUGUGGCGCACCAAGCAGCCGGUGGUUAUCACUAAGCCGGACGCAGAGGGUCAGAUUGGCUCAGUGACCUACGAGCUAUCGGCGGACGGAACGAGCAUCUCACGAACUACAAGGAGGGGCACUCAGCCUGCGAGACUGGAGACGAAAGUAGACGCGUCUAAGCCCAAUGAGGAAUGGGAGCCAGUGCCCAAUCAGCUGCAGCAACAGUUUACCCCGAUUCUUGGCACGGAUCUCGGAUUUUCACUGCGGAACGGCUUUGGCAGCGCUUUCGGCAGCUUCGGAAGAUCGAACGGUUUUCCCCAGAGGCCAGCUAAUUGGCCAUUCUUCAACCAGCCACCCGGGAUAACGCCACGUACAUACACCAAGACCGAGGUGGAUGAUCAAGGACGCACUGUCACGAGUGUGUCGAGCUACUACAGCGGCCCGUUGCCUACGGGAACUAAUAUAUUCGAGACGCAGUUUCCAGGUUCAACAGCUCCCAAUCCCUUCCCACCACUCCCUGUCCAGCCCAGCCCACACAGCCCACACAGCCCUUCCCGGGACAAGCCUGGCCACCCAGUCGGCCUUCAUUGGGCCUUCCCCUUCCUGAACUGGCUAGUCCCCCAUCGACUACACCUCUACCUUCCCUGGCUCCUAGCUACGGACUGGAAAUAUUGACGACCACAGCUCUCCCGUCUCUCGACGAUUUUUUG